CUACUUUGUCAUCUACAAUGUGGCAUCAUGUCAUCGACUCCGGGUCGGUCCAGUCGGCCACCUCUUGGAAGUAUGCGUCGAAGGACGAAAAAGGCGUGUGAAACUUGCAAGCUGCGGAAGCGGAAAUGUGACGGCCAUGAGCCAUGCGCCUUCUGCCUCAGAUACGAGUUUGAUUGCUCCUACGGAACUCAGCCGCGAAAAAAGCGCUGCUCAUCAAGCACUACAGGGUCAUCGGUGAGGCUGCGAGAAAGGCCUUCCUCGCCGGGGCUUGGAGCAAGAGCCAAUGUCAAUCAGCAGCAGAUGGAGGCGAAUUCAGGAACAGCAUUCCCUCAUCUUUUGGGGAAGAGCUUGAAUCCUCAGAAUCCACCCAAAGUAUACGGCUUUAGCUGGAAUUUGGGCCUACGGGAUGAGCCCAUACAAACCUUUACCAACAUAGCGAGCUUGAUCUCCAAGGAGGACAUGGAAGAUCUUGUUGGACAUUAUCUAGAAAGGUUACAUCCCGUGUAUGCUGUCCUCAAUCCGGAUAUCCUUAAAAAGAAAGUUGCCUCACGCUGGGGAAAUCCUGUCGCUUUGGACAGCUAUGACCCGGUUCUUUGCGGUGUCGCGGCCUUGGGGUCCUUAUAUUCUGGCCAUCAAGGACACCGAAAUGAAGGAGCAUUGAUCCAGUGUGCAAAAGAGAUCCUUGAGACAGCAUGCAUCAUGAACAAACCAUUAUUACACCACGCCACUGCAUGGCUCUUACGUACCAUCUAUCUCCGGAGUACCAACUGUCCUCAUGCUUCAUGGAUGGCCAGCUGUUCUACGAUGCAUAUCAUUGAGGCCGCAGGAGCUCAUCAAGAUCCGGGAAGGGUCUCUCUGGUAUAUUCGGAUACAGCGGAUGUUGUGGUCGAUGAAGAAAGCCAGCGCAGACUCUUCUGGGUUGCGACGGUACUCAAUACGUGGAUAUCAUAUGAAUAUGGUCGGUCCCGUGUCAUUCUACGCGGCGUCUCUUGCAUGCCACCUUUGCCGCGAGCUGGCGAUUUCACCGCAGACCUGAUUUCGUUAUUUCAAAUUUCCGAACGGUUGGACCCCGACCAGACCAAUAGGCCUUCAGACUUUGAAGAUAUAUUGGCUCGCGUGGAAUGCCUAAUCUUUACUCACGACGCCUUGAUUCUUUCUCAGAGUAAUCUAGCCCUCACGGUAUACCGUCGCCUGCGGGUGGCUGCUUCUAGCAUACCAAACGAUGUUAUAAGCCGCAUUAUUCGACUAGGUACUGAAGGUAUCGCUGCUGCAGUACGCAUGGCUGAAAAACGCUGUCCCUGGUGGCAUGUUGCCAAUGUCCCCUUUCAAUUUCUCUGUAUCCUGCUUGCGAUAGAUUCCCGAGAGUCCCUGUCACACGUGGGCCACGCCAUGCGUUCGUUUAAGACGAUCGGUAUGCACUUCACUACGCCUACUGUCCACACCGCCAUAGAUACUAUUGAUACUCUGAUCAAAUUAUCGCAAAGGAAGAAAGAGCGGGAACUGAGCCUUCUGAAGGAUAGCGUCCAGGGUCAGAAUGCCGAACCAGUUGAGCAGGGCUCAGCAUCUGCCCAGGCCUACGACGCGCCUUGGAUGGGAGAAACAGUCAAUUCAACUGUCCUUGAAGACUGUGACUGGGACUGGGACGCAUUCCUUAAUGCCGAAAUCCCUCUUUUCGACGACGCGGGAUAUGGGCAGAGGUAUGGGUGAUGUUUGUGUCGGCUACGUGAGGACUAGUUGUAUCGCGAUACUUUCGCUACCAUGAUGCACGCAUUGCUUAGCAGGAGGCAUAUUUAUCUGGUCAUCGGUAUCCAUUUGCUUCCAAUGCUUUCGGAUGAAGAUCGCCGCCAACUUGCAAGGUG